AUGGCGAAGAGAGAAGCUAUAUCAUCACUUGACACAGAGGGCAAGUUGAAAGCGCUUGACCAAAUUGAGAAGCAGCUUGUCAGUGCGAUCAAGAACUGUGGACAAGUCAUUGGCGAGCUUGGCACUGAAAAGAUAUCGGAAAAGAAUGCUGUCAAACUGACCGACAAGUUUCUCAAGGAGAUUGACGAAGUCGAAGGUGCCUUGACGAACCAAAUUCAUUAUCUCAGCCAGGUCACCUGCAGCACAACUCACGAGGGCUCCGUUUACGGCCAGCUGAAAGAAAUGGAGCAAAUGGCGACGGCUCAAGGAUCAGCGAAUCUGAGAAUAAAAAAGCUCAUGGAAAUAACUCAUCCAGACAAAUUCCCAGUCCCGGACGGUUGUCGCCCGCAAAAGCCAAACUAA